CUCUUAGUCCGUGCAGGUGCUAAGCUGGAUAUUCAGGAUAAAGAUGGGGAUACUCCCCUGCAUGAAGCCCUGAGACACCACACCCUGUCACAGCUCCGCCAACUCCAAGACAUGCAAGAUGUGGGCAAGGUAGAUACUGCUUGGGAGCCAUCAAAGAACACAUUAAUAAUGGGACUUGGCACCCAGGGAGCAGAGAAGAAGAGUGCAGCAUCUAUUGCCUGCUUCUUGGCAGCCAACGGAGCUGACCUUAGCAUUCGUAAUAAGAAGGGUCAGUCUCCUCUCGAUCUCUGCCCUGAUCCUAGUCUCUGCAAAGCAUUGGCUAAAUGUCACAAAGAAAAAGUCAGUGGUCAGGUUGGUUCCCGAAGUCCAUCUAUGAUCAACAAUGAUUCUGAAACCUUAGAAGAAUGUAUGGUGUGUUCAGACAUGAAGAGAGAUACUCUGUUUGGCCCGUGCGGACACAUUGCCACGUGUUCUCUGUGCUCACCACGGGUGAAGAAAUGCCUCAUCUGUAAAGAACAAGUUCAGUCUAGGACAAAGAUCGAAGAGUGUGUAGUAUGUUCAGACAAAAAGGCAGCAGUGCUUUUCCAGCCUUGUGGUCAUAUGUGUGCCUGUGAGAAUUGUGCAAGCUUGAUGAAGAAAUGUGUACAGUGUCGAGCAGUGGUUGAGCGAAGAGUGCCUUUCAUAAUGUGCUGCGGAGGGAAAGGUACAGAAGAUACCACUGAUGAUAUUUCAAGUGGAAACAUUCCAGUUUUGCAGAAGGACAAAGACAACACCAAUGUCAAUGCAGAUGUACAGAAGCUGCAGCAACAGUUACAAGACAUCAAAGAACAGACUAUGUGUCCUGUCUGUUUGGACCGUCUGAAGAAUAUGAUCUUUCUCUGUGGCCACGGAACAUGUCAGCUUUGUGGAGACCGAAUGAGUGAAUGCCCUAUAUGCCGCAAGGCAAUUGAACGAAGGAUCCUUUUGUAUUAAGUAGUGGAACCAGUGUCUUUUAUUAGCUUGUGAAAUAAUAAGGACAUUUUGAUGUUCUAAAUCUCUGUAAGUUUGAAAGGGGUUCUAAUGAAAGCAUUUCUAGCACAGGUUCAUUACCUAGUAAUUGUUUAAAGACUGUGAACGCACCAAAUA